CAUCACACCGACUCCUCCUUUGUCUAGAAUCCUCCCUGGUUUCCUUUUACUCCGCCUUGUUAUUUAUUUAUUUCCUUUUCAUUUAAAGGGGGUAUAUUUUAUAUAUCCGUCAUUUUCAGCAAGUGAAUGACAGUCGGCUCUGAUACAUAUAUGCCUAAGAGCAAAGCCCCGAAAAUGGACGACCUGGACUACAUCCCGGCUGAUCUGAGCCCAGAGGAGCGAGCGGAGCUGGAGGAGAUCCGGCGGAGGAAAGGCGCCCUGCUGCUGGAGAUCCAGCGGCUGCGAGAGGAGCUGCGAGAGGCCAUGAUGGAGGUGGAAGGGCUGGAGAACAGCACAGAGGGCAGCAAAACGCUCCAGAAGAGUCGGCACGUGGCAAUGGGGAGGAAAAAAUUCAACAUGGACCCCAAAAAGGGGAUUGCGUUCCUGGUGGAGAACGAGCUGCUGCGUCACACUCCAGAGGAGAUCGCUCAGUUCCUCUAUAAAGGGGAGGGGCUUAACAAAACGGCCAUUGGAGACUACCUGGGAGAGAGAGACGAGUUCAACAUCCGUGUUCUGCAGGCCUUCGUUGACCUCCAUGAGUUUACGGAUCUCAACCUGGUCCAGGCUCUCAGGCAGUUCCUGUGGAGUUUCCGUUUGCCAGGAGAAGCCCAGAAGAUUGACAGAAUGAUGGAGGCAUUCGCACAGAGAUACUGUCACUGCAACUCCGGAGUGUUUCAGAGCACCGACACCUGUUACGUGCUGUCGUUCGCCAUCAUCAUGCUGAACACCAGCCUCCACAACCCCAACGUGCGAGACAAGCCCACAGUGGAGCGAUUCAUCAGCAUGAACCGGGGAAUCAACGAGGGCGGAGACCUGCCUGAGGAGCUGCUUCGAAACCUGUAUGACAGCAUUAAGAACGAGCCGUUUAAAAUCCCAGAAGACGAUGGGAACGAUCUGACUCACACUUUUUUCAACCCAGAUCGAGAGGGCUGGUUGCUUAAACUGGGAGGACGAGUGAAAACAUGGAAGAGGCGAUGGUUCAUUCUGACCGAUAACUGCCUGUAUUAUUUUGAGUACACUACAGAUAAGGAGCCGAGAGGCAUCAUCCCCCUGGAGAACCUGAGCAUUCGGGAGGUGGAGGAUCCGCGCAAACCCAACUGCUUCGAGCUCUACAUCCCCAAUAACCGAGGGCAGCUCAUUAAGGCAUGUAAGACUGAAGCUGACGGACGAGUGGUGGAGGGCAAUCACAUGGUCUACCGAAUCUCCGCCCCCACGCCGGAGGAGAAGGACGAGUGGAUCCACAGCAUCAAGUCGGCAGUGAGCGUGGACCCUUUCUACGAGAUGCUGGCCGCAAGGAAGAAGCGCAUCUCCUUGAAGAAGAAAGAAGAGCAGGCUUAGGACCGUUCUUCUUCCUCAUUCCCAUCAUCCUUCGUUCAUUCCUCCAUCAUCUACACCUCAUUAUUUAUCCCAUCCUCUAAGGACUGUUUACUGGAGGACGGGGCCGACGUGAGCUUCAGUGUUUCCUUCACUCCUGUGCUUGUGCCCUCCAGCAGAGUGUUCACUACCUUACCCCUCUCAGGCUAGGCCUCCUUUACAAAGGUACUCCGAAGUGUUUAUUAACAGGAAGUGUUAGUCCAGAGCGUCCGUAUACACUACUGUCCCUGUACACUGUUGGGUGAGGAUGGAAGGGUGACCCUAAGAUCAUCCUCGUUGUCAUUGUCGUCGCGUCACACGCGUCCUACUACUGAUCUUACUUGCACAUUACUAUCUGUUGACAUUACUAGUGCUGGACACUACAUUUAGUACACACUAGAGUACACUUUAGUACAGUCCCUACACACUACUACUACUAGUGCUUACUACUGCUGUUCUUCCUGCAGGUCUUCCUAGCUCCUUAAUCAGAUACUGUGAACCGCUCCGUUUACUGAAACACUGAUACACACCUACAAGUCAUUUAUCAUAUGAGUAUGACAUCAUCAUCAUCACCGUGGUCUUACUUUUAUUCCCUUUUUUUUUUAAAGACACACAAAGGGACUAGUGUCUAGGGAUUAAGUCACUCAAGCUUUUUAUUAACACCUGGCUCUCUGAAUGACCUCUGCACCAUACGAUCGUUAGCAUAUUGAGUAUUUAUAAGAGUUAAUAAUAAUCGGGCACUACAUUUUUAGGGUAUGAAGUAAUAGAUCCUAUAUAGUGCGCUAUAUUCCCAGCCGAAAGUGAUUCAGUUCCCUACACUACAUAGCAUGCAAAAAUAAUAGUUCAUGCACCAACAAUAUUCCCAAAAGAGAGUCAUCUGAUAUUCAGCUGACUCAUCCCUGCUUGUUAGCUUCAUCAGACAGAAAGCUCAUUGUUAUUUACGCGGCAUAUCCGCUUCACACGUAAACUCUCUGUAGAUUUAGCCGUGACUCGAGCGUCCCUCGCUCGAGCUGGUCGCUUUUGCUUUGCUCGGGAUCAUGCCUAUAAAAGGCUUUUGUUUUAUUUUCAUCAAAAGCUGUUGCUGCCUAAUAAUCGCCCCACAGGGAUCCAGAAGAAUGCUGAUGGCCUGGCUUCCUGUUAAACAACAGGAAAUCAGCGCUUCUGGGGCGUGACGGUGUUAGCACAGCUCUUUGAAUAGGUCCAUUUAUUCCGUUAUGCGGGAAAAUAAAAGUCUAAAAGUAGCGCUGGGUUACGCCCUGGUGGUAAGAACAAAGGCAUGCCACAUGAAUCUAAAAGCAGAUUUAAAGCCUAGACACUGAACCGGUUAGUUAAUAGAGAGAAAUUUCUUAACAUACCUCUGUGGAGUUGUUUUUCUGUCAAAUAAUCAUAUGGAAAUCCAGAAGCUGAAGUCAUGUGAUAGCCGUACAUCACUACAUCAUUAAACUCUGUGUAUAUACGUUUACACAUCAGUCACGAAAGUGCUAGCACUCUUACCGAAACAACUACCCGUCGUUACAUUAUGAGCUGCAGGGGUGGGGCUGAGAUAAGUUACACACUACAAAUUGCGAAUGCAAAAUUGUUAUGGAACGUAAACUACAAAAAUAUGCAACAAAACAAACAAAACUGUUAUGAAAGAGAACGUUAUGAAACCUAAACUGCAAACGGAACGUAUUAAUGAAACCUAGCAUAAAGUAGCAGUGAAGCAUACUACAAACUACAACUGUAACAGAAAAUUACAGAGUACAAUGAAAUAGUAAUGAAACAUAAACUGCAGACGUAUCAGUGAGAUGUAAACUACAAACAUAACAGUAAUGAAACCUAAACUACAAAUGCUAAGCAGUAAAAAAGAAUUAGACUAUUCACAAAAUAUCAACGUGACAUCAACUACGAAUUUUUUUUUGAAUGAAAUGUAACUUACAAAGAGAAAAUAUCCAUGUAGGGCACUUUCUGUAUCGACGAGCCUUACAUGGAGUGUUACAUUAUGGCUUCUGCGUCCUACGUAGUGCCCUACAUGCCAUUUGGGAUUAGACCCCGUUUUUAUUAUUUUUAUUUUAUUUUAUUUUUUUUUUUUUUACAUGAAUUUGAAUGAAAUGCAUAAAAUAAUAAUAACGUAAACUACAAACUACGCAAAUUACGAACAUAAAAUUGCAGUGAAACAAACUAUGAACAUAAAACAACGAUGGAACAUAAACUAUGUGCAAAUAAUUGCAAUAAAAAUGUAAACUACAAACAUAAAACAGCAAAGAAACGCAAACUACGAACAUAAAAUAGCGAUGGAACAUAAACUACGUACAAGGAUUUGCAACAAAACGCAAACUACGAAAUAAAACAGUGGAACAAACUAUAUAAAAAAUUGCAACAAAACGCAAGCUACAAACAGAACACAGCAAAGAAAUGCAAACUACGAA